UAAUCGUGCAAUAGACAUCAACCAAUCAGAAUCCGUUCAGUGGUAAGCCUGUGCCUAAGGCAUAAUUUAGCUUCUUUUUCGGAUCGAUUUCGAACGAUUUGUCGCCGCACCUCACAACUUCAAUCUCGAAUCCUAUUAUUCAAUUGAGCUGUCGAAUUCACCUUGCACUGAAUCCCAGGUCGAGGCAUAUUUUGCUCAAUAUGUUGGCUAGAUCAUGCUUGCGCUCAACGCGCUCGUUCGGGGGAGUACGGAAUAAUGCGAUUAACGCUACAAAGGUACAUUUCCCCCCAUCUCCACAGUCAAUAAACCUAUCACUCGCUGCCGAGGACGGCGAUGCCACAUGAGCAUCUCAUUGUGUUGAACUAAGGCUAAUGUACGUCUUACAGCGUGCCGCAUCUACUACUUCCACCGAAGCCGCCUCCCCACUCGGCAUCAACAUGGCUGCAGGUGCUGCUACCGCAGUGGCAGCCGGCUCCCUCGCUUGGUAUUAUCAUCUUUACGGCCAGCCAUUAAACGCGAUGACACCGGUUGAAGAAGGGUGAGUAGUGACAUAUCUCUCCAAAUCGAGUCGGACAUUUGUAGAGUGGCGGGCACUUAAGGCAUUAUCAAAUGAAGACUAGAAGACAGGCAUGAUUUAAGUUGGAAUACGAUGCUGAUAUGACACCAGUCUCCAUCCAACACAAUACCCUUGGGUUCACCAACAAUACACAAAAACAUUCGACCACCAAGCGUAAGAUUCCUGUUCUGUGUCAAGAAGAUUGGCGGGUUUUAACGACAUCAUAGAUUACGAAGAGGUUUCCAAGUUUACCAAGAAGUUUGCGCUUCGUGCCAUUCUUUGAGCCGUAUUCCAUACAGAGCUUUAGUAGGUGUCACACACACAGUCGAUGAGGCAAAGGUUAUGGCCGAAGAGAACGAAUACGACAGCGAGCCAAACGAUCAGGGUGAAAUCGAGAAGCGACCUGGAAAACUUUCCGAUUACCUUCCAUCCCCAUACAAGAACGACGAAGCCGCUCGUGCUGCAAACAACGGAGCAUUGCCACCCGAUCUCAGUUUGAUGGUAAAGGCCAGACACGGCGGUGCCAACUAUAUUUUUAGUUUGUUGACUGGUUACCCGGAUGAGGUUCCAGCAGGAGCCAAGGUCCCAGAAGGACUCAACUUCAACCCAUAUUUCCCAGGUACCGGUAUUGCUAUGGCUCGUGUUCUGUACAACGACCUUGUUGAAUACGAAGAUGGCACACCAGCAUCGGCAUCACAGAUGGCCAAAGAUGUCGUCGAGUUUCUCAACUGGUCAGCCGAACCCGAAAUGGAUCAACGAAAGAAGAUGGGGAUGAAGGUGUUGGUUAUUGGAUCUAUGCUUUUUGCAUUGAGUAUCUGGGUCAAGCGUUACAAGUGGUCCCCUAUCAAGACAAGAAAGAUCAUGUACAACCCACCCGUUACUAACAACGGUCCUAAACAUCACUAGAUUCUCAAUUUCUUUUGUUUAAUGGGGGAGCGAAGGGCAGGAAAUGAAUGUGCUACUAGUUUUAUCUUACUGCGAGAAUUGUACAAAGGAGAAGUUUUAAACGAGGGUGGUAGAUAAAAGCUUCACUUGGGAAGCGAACGCUCAAGAGUGGUAGCAAAAUAGAUGUGUCCCAAUUCCAUUUGACCUUUGAAAACGUUUACAGGAGUCCUGCCACGAUGACUCGCAAAAUUACAAGUCCUGCAAUUACAAAAAAUCUCCUGAUAUCAAGUA